AUGGAUACAACACUUGUAGCUCCAAUAGCAACCUCAGUUGUUCUUGUUGCUGUUGUGACAUUGACAUGGAGAGUAGUGAAUUGGGUGUGGUUGAGACCCAAGAAGCUAGAGAAGUGGCUGAGAGAGCAAGGACUCCAUGGAAAUCCAUACCGAUUGCUGAAGCUAGGAGACUUGACUGAGUUUUUCAUAAUGACGAAAGAAGCCAAACCCAGACCCAUCAGCCUCUCUGAUGAUAUUGCACCCCAUGUCCUGCCAUACCACCACCAUAUCAUCAACAAGUACGGUAAGAAAUCUUUUAUGUGGUUGGGGCCAACACCAGUGAUAAACAUUGUGGAGCCAGAACUGGUUAAGGAGGUCAUGUCCAACCACAGAGUCUUUCAAAAGCCACACACAGAGGCAGCCAAGAUGAUUACCCUUGGGCUUGUCACCUAUGAGGGCGAGAAAUGGGCUAAACACAGAAAGAUUAUCAACCCAGCUUUCCAUCUAGAAAAGUUGAAGGUAAUCUUUAUAUUAGAUGAAUACACUUACAUUCCUCUCUAUGAACAGAUGAUCGUUCAAUAUGCGUAUCAGAGUUUAGAGAAUAUGUUACCAGCGAUUUACCAGUGUUGUAGAGGAAUGAUGGACAAAUGGGAAGAGAUAGUGUCUGCAAAGGGGUCGUGUGAAGUCGAUGUAUGUCCAUAUGUUGAAGAAUUAUCUGCUGAAGUGAUUGCUCGGACCACACUCGGAAAUAGUUCUGAAGAAGGGAGAAAGAUAUUUGAACUCCAAAAAGAAAAAAUUGAUAGCACACUUCAACUCAUGCUACUAAUCCAUAUCCCAGGAUGGAGGUUUUUGCCAACUAAGGCAAACAAGAGAAUGAAACAAAUCCGGAUUGAAGAGCAAACUCUAAUAAAGAGAAUUGUUGACAAAAGAGAGAAGGAAAUGAAAAUGGGAGAAGUUAGCGACGAUGAUGACUUAUUGCGUGUACUAUUAGAAUCGAAUCUCAAAGAAAUCCGAGAACAUGGUAACAACAAGAGCCAUGGGAUGAGUAUUGAAGAGGUGAUGGAAGAGUGCAAAGAAUUCUUUUUCGCAGGGGCAGACACCACCAAAAAUUUGCUCGUGUGGACAAUGGUCCUAUUGAGCAAACAUCCAAACUGGCAAGCUUGUGCACGAGAAGAGGUAACAAUGAUUCUUCACGAGGUUCUAAGGUUAUACCCACCAGUAACCUUUAUCUACAGAGCUACUAUCCAAACUACUAAACUGGGAAACAUGACUCUACCGGCAGGAGUGCACUUGAGCCUCCCAACAGUCUUACUUCACCACGAUAAGGAAACUUGGGGAGAAGAUGCAGAAGAAUUUAAACCAGACAGGUUUUCAGGAGGAGUCUAUAGAGCCAUAAAGAGCCAAGUCUCAUUCUUGCCAUUUAGCUGGGGUCCCCGAAUAUGCAUAGGACAAAACUUUGCGAUGAUUCAAGUGAAAAUGGCUCUGGCAAUAAUUCUUCAACACUUUUCAUUUGAGUUAUCUCCAUCUUACAUACAUGCUCCUUUCCCAACUCUCUCUCUUCAACCCCAAUUCGCUUAUGAUGUUCUUUUGGCUGGAUAA